GAAAAUGACACAUUUGUUUAUAUUCCUAAAACAACAAAUAGAUUUUUAAAUAAUUGUUAACCCGGCGAGUAUGCCAUACCCCGACGUACUGUUUAGAAUAUCGCUCUACAACUCUAUUGCUUCGAGUUGCUGGAGUUAAAUGUUAAAAGAAGAUAGUAAUGUGAUGUUCGUGUUUCGAAAUUUCAGUUUUAACAUUUUGCAAAGUCUCAGUCACAUAUGGUUGCACCUAAGACUUUUACGUUUUUGGUAACACAACUGACGUUAGUUUCCAUAGUGUUAACAAUUGGAUUUUCUUUUGACCCUACAAUGGAAUUUGAUAAAAUUGCAAGUGUAUAUGAUGAAGUAUGUUUGUCGUCUCGUAAAUUUUCUACCAUUUUACACAAGACUCUAACUUCAGAGACGAAGGAAAAUGUCAUUAAUUCACCAUUUGGUUUGCACAUUAUUUUAUCUUUGCUGUCGUAUGGAGCCAAAAAUGAAACAGCAGACGCUUUAAAAUCGAGACUUUAUCAUCCAAAAACAAAUUUAGAAAAUGGAUUUAAAGGUCUUAAAUCUCUAUUUAGUGAAGUAAAAGAUGUAGACUUAAAUGUCGCAAACACAAUUUAUGUUCAAGAUGAUUUACACUUAAAUCAUGAAUUUGUAACUCUAAGUGCUGAGAUAUUUGGAGCUGGCGUUAUACAAGUUGAUUUUAAACAACCUUUAAAUGCUGUAAAACAAAUCAAUUCGUGGAUCGUUGAAAAAACUAAAAACAAGAUAAAAGACGUGUUAACAAUAGGUGAUAUAAACGACGAAACUCGCCUUUUUAUGAUAAAUGCUGUGUAUUUUAAAAGUUCAUGGAAAAAUAAAUUUGAUCUUAAAUUGACUACGCAGCAGGAUUUUUAUAAAGAGAACAACAAAGUUAAACAAGUAUAUAUGAUGUUUAAAAGUGCACAUUUCUCCCACGGGGUUUUGGAAGAUUUGAAUGCAAAAUUUAUAGAAAUUCCUUACCAGAAUGAAGAUUUUGCAAUGCAAAUAAUUUUACCAAAUGAGGUUGAUGGUUUGCAGUCAAUAGAGGAAAAUUUCCACUGGGAUCAAAUAUUGAAUGCUCAUCUGCGCAAAUCUGAAGUGGAAUUGUAUUUACCAAAAUUUAAAUUAGAAAUGAAAAUAACUCUCCAAGAAACAUUAAAAAAGAUGGGAUUAAGUAAAAUAUUCCAAGAUGAUGCCGACUUUCAUGGAAUUUCAAGUGAAGAUCUCAAAGUAAGCCACGUUGUACAGAAAAUUUUCAUUGAAGUUGAUGAAGAAGGUUCCGAAGUUGCUGCUGCGACAGUUGCUCAAGUGAGACGAUCUAGAAGCAUACGGAAUGACAUUCCUGAAGAAUUUCGAGUAAACAGACCUUUUUUAUUCCUUAUCCUUUAUAAGCAAGGUAACAUUCCUCUCUUCCUUGGCAGCGUUAGAGACUUGGAAGCGGUUAUUGAAAAAGACGAGCUUUAAAACAUCAUGUAUACAAUUGUUUGCAUUUAUAAAAAAGUUCAAAGUACUUUUUAAAAUCAUUGUUUAUAUUUAAUAUGAUCGAUAUAAUAUAUGUAUAACUACCAACAAGGGGGCAUUUAACCGAGCGUUUUUUAUAAUGCCUUUGUAAUAAACUGUAAUGCUUGGUAAUAGGUAUAAAAAUCGCGAAAUAAGUGUAUUCAAGUGUAGGGGGAGGAAGGGAAUUGGAGCCCUUAAGGAAAAUGAUAAAAAAACAAUUUAUUCUUAUUGUAAUAAAAAAUAUUUUUUGUUAUUUUUUACAAGAUUAAAAAUUUAUUUUAUUUGACGAAAAGGUAUUGGAAUUUGGAUCUCACAAAAUUAAUAAUGUUAUUUUUGAAAUCCUUAUUGUAUUAUUUCAACAUUAUGGUGUUAUAAUAAAAUACAAUAGUUUAGUUAAUUUGAAUAAAUAUAAUCUGUGCAUAGUUUCUGGUGGACAUACAUAACGUAUGAUUAAACAAUGUUCAAUUCCAUUA